AUGUAUAAAGUGGUGGUAAAAAAGGCUCAGGGCAAGAAGUUCAAAGUUAGAUGCAAUUAUAUUGGAGUUCCAGUGGGAAGAGUUAGGCACACUUUGCAGUCUUACAUAGGAAUGUUGGCGAGAACUAUGAUUCCGAUCGAUAUUAAAAGCUGGCCAUUUGUCGAACGUGAAUUAAAAAAUAAGUUAUGGAUGGAUAUCCAGAAUGCUUUUAAAAUUCCUGAGGAAUGUGAGUCGCUUGUUCUGAAGUCUGCUGGAACAAAGUGGAGACAAUUCAAAUCUGAAUUGACUACUGAUUAUGUCAUUCCAUUUAAGGGAGACAAGAAGAAACUGCGGAAGCCUCCAAAAAAGUACGGAUUUGUUGGUAAAGAUGUUUGGAAGAGAUUUGUUGCUGAAAGGACGAGUGAUAAGUGGAUGAAACUUCGUGCAAAACAGAGCAAAAUAGUAGAGCAACGGAAGUAUCCACAUCGGCUGUCCAGGAAAGGCUACAUUGGUUUAGAAGAAGAAGAAGUGAAGGCGGGAAGGUUGAAGCCUGGAGAGAAACCCGAUCGAGCGAUUCUCUGGAAGAAGGCACGUCAAACAGCGGAGGGUAUGGUAGUUGAUACCGGGUUGAGUGAUGUUCUUAAAAAAAUUGAUAACUUACUAGAGAUGAAGAAAAAAGGUGAAUUUCAGCCGUCUGGAAGUGAUGACGUAUUAAGUAGAGCACUCGAGACUCCCGAGCAUUCAGGCAGGGUUCGAGGAAUUGGAAGUUAUAUCACCCCAAAACUAUGGUUUGAUUUGCCAAAAGAAAAAAAAAGAAGAAUUACCAAGAGUGAGCUGGAAGAUCGUGAUCGUAUAAGGGAUGAGGAAAUGGAGAGAACAAGACAGGAGAUGGAGAGAACAAAGCAAGAAAUGGAGAGUUACAAGGAGGAAAUGGAAAGAACAAAGCAAGAGAUUAAUGCGCUUAAAUCUCUUCUUAGUGCAUCCAAUAUUACAUCCUCUCCACUGUCGGACAAAGACAGUUGUCCAGUAGAGAAAGCAGCACAUAACCAAGGAGCGGUUAUACCAGCAGCUGCACCAACUUUGAGGGAGGAGUUGAUUGUUGAUGCCGAUAUUGAAUAUGUUGGUGGGGACCCCCCUCCACCCGCAAAGAAGGGUCCGCGAUCCUGUGAGUUGUCUGUAGACAACAUAGAAAACAAGGUUGCAUUCGGCACGAUUUUUGAUGAUACAGAAUUGAAUACUGUAGUUCAUGGUGUGCCUAUCCAGCCUGGACAUGUUCGUGUUGCGGUGGACGGAGCCAUCCAGGGAGAUGCCUUACUUCCUGUGCCAGUAGAGGGUGAACUAGAGACUGUGAAACAAGCAAUUGGUUCUAUGGUUUCUUGGCCAGAGGACUUGAUCACUAUUCCACCUGCUGUGAAAACAAGAAAGGAUGCAUCGAAGAAAAAAGACAAAAUUGAGAUGCGAAAUGUGGUUGCUAAGUUUAAGAAAGUGGAGGUAGCUAACAGUGUGCCAAAUGGUUUUAACUUGUUGUAUAAACAUGCAACAACCAUAAUGAAAGAGACUGGGGACUCUAUUGCAAUUCCAUGUGACGUUGAGGUGUUUGGUUGUGAUAAGGUUAUCUACAUAUUGCAUGGGAAUUUAAUUGCUUUAUUAAAAUUUGAAGAGAUUGGCCAAGCUGCAAUAACAUCACAUAUGUCGUAA